CACUCUGUUCCCAUCAGCUGCAAGAGCAGUGGAUGACAUUUGGCAGUUGCUACACACCUUGACAAUGGUGUGCGGUUACCAAAGGCUUCACAUCAAGAUAGCUAGAAGCUGAAGACGAGGUCAGAGUAUCUUAUUUCUGUACAUCUAACUUUCUCCGCCCCCCUGCGCUCAUGACAGGAGAAAAACACAAAAGGAUUUUUUUUUUACCGAUGCAGAGAGAGGGAAAACUCAAAAAAACAUUGACGACUUUGCAGAACUACACAAAAUCCAGGCCUGGAGCCUAGCUAGACUGAAGAAGAAAACAAACAAACAAACGGUAUUUGGAUGUUCAAAGCAUAAGACCUUAAAGAUUGUGAUUACUAAAGCCAAAAAAUACUUCUGGUGAUGAGACCAUGUUGGACUGAACAAAUUGCAAUGAAACGUAAUCAACCUUAUUCUUAGGUUCUAGACUAGAGUGUGGAAACCAACGGCUUUGAACUGUUAGGACCUGUGGUCAAGCUGGACUGACAGAAGUAUCAUUUUACAGGUCAAUAUUUGCACUAAAUCCCAUGAUCCAGCCCUAUUUCAAUGUUGAGCCAAAAAAUUUGAGAAGUCAAACAAAACAAAUGAGUACUUAAUUGGUUCCAAACACUGUAACAAAACACAAGAGUGUCAGUCCCUUAGGAAUAAUGCAAAUGUCUACACCACGCGGAUCCUGAAUGAAUCUAGGCCCGAGACAUUAUUUGGGAAGAGGCUAUGAGAACACUUUAAGAACAUCUUCUCAGGUUUAUUGCAUUUGAAAUUUAACAACUCAGAGGGAAUGUAAAAAAAAGAGGGUGUCAUUGACAACUCUGAAAUUCUAAGGAACCCAGCAUCUUUGGGUACAGUAUUAAUACAUAUCCACCAAACCUACGGGCCAUUCAGGGAACUGCCAGGAUGAGUGAGGAACGGGGUCUGGUAGGUCGAGACUUAUCCAAAAUGACAGAUGAGGAGAUGUUAACACAUAGUAAAGAGGAACUGGUAAGAAAACUCAGAGAAGAAGAAGCCGAAAAGAUGGCAGCUCUCAUUCAGAGGGGACGUCUCAUCAAAGAGGUCAACCGACAACUGCAGGGUCAUCUGACAGAAAUCCGUGAGUUGAAACAGGUCAACCAUCGCCUUCAGGAAGAGAAUCGAGAGUUGAAGGACCUUUGCUGCUUUUUAGAUGAUGAUAGACUGAAGAGUAAAAAGCUGGCUAGUGAAUGGCAGCUCUUUGGCUACCAUGCAGCCAAAGUAUUGCGUGAGGAUCUGGGUGGCUACUUGAAAAAGUUGUCCGAGCUGGAAAGACGCCAAGAGGAGCUCUUAAGGGAAAACUCCUGCUUAUCUGAAGUUUUCUUGGCCUUGGAAGAAGAUGGUGCCCCUGUCAGACACCAUGCAAGCCCUGUGGCUACAUCUGAGCUGAGUCUCUUGCCCUGUGGACCACGGGAUUUGGGGGAUGGUAGCUCCAGCACAGGCAGUGUUGGAAGUCCAGACCAACUUCAUGUGGUCUGCUCUCCAGAUGACUGAAAGGGGUGGUUCUCCUUAAAAUGUGAAUGAAUGUAUAUGGCUACAGGGGAGGGGGUUUGGGGUCUUCAAACUGGGAAUUUUGGGCAUACCUGGUCACAAAUAAAAAAGACAUUUAAUUCAUAA